CCUGACCGAAAGCGAAGCACGCGCGUAGUAUAGUACUUUUUUGCGAGCGUAGUAGUAGUAGUAGUGUGCGCGGAAGAAAAAAAAAGCUACGCCACCAUGUCCACCGACGCCGACGACGAAGAGCCGCGGCCUUCUUCGGACGAGAUGGACGAGAAGCGUCAGCUGCGGAUGGCCUACCUGUACCUGUGCCACCUGGAGGAGACGCGGCUGUGGCUGUCGUCGUGCAUCGAGGAGGAGAUGCCGUCGGCGACCCGGCUCGAGGAGUCGCUCCGGAACGGCGUCUACCUGGCGCGGCUGUCACACUUCUUCGCGCCCGGCGAGGUGCCGCUUCGCAAGAUCUACGACGCGGACCAGAGUUUGCACCGGGAGCGCGGCCUGUGCUUCCGGCACACGGACAACAUCAACCACUGGCUGAACGCGAUGCGCGCCAUCGGCUUUCCCGAGCACUUCUUCCCGGACCCGUUCGACCUGUACGAGAAGAAGAACCUGCCCAAGGUCAUCUACUGCCUGCACGCGCUCAGCCUGUACCUGUUCAAGUUGGGCAAGGCGCCCAGGAUCGAGAAGCUGAUGGGCAAGCUGCACUUCUCGGACGAAGAGGUGGAACAGGUCCGGCGCAGCCUGGUGCUCAACGCCGAAGUGACCAUGCCGGCGUUCAGCCUCAUCGACGGCAUCCUCGCCAAGGAGACGAGCGCCGACUCCUCGGCCGUGAUCGCCAUCAACACGGCCAUCGACAAGGGCGAGGCGGACCUGCUCUUCGAGACGCUCUCGGCCCCCGCCGCGCAGCUCAAAGGCGUGAGGCCGGAGAACGUGCACAGGUACCACGAGGUUCUGGAGCGCGCCAAGGCUUCGAAGCUGGGGCAGCGCGCCAUGCGUCGUCUCGAAGGCGGCGAGGACGAGUCCGAGGACAUGUACGAGCGCCUGCUCAGCCUGGCCGAGGUGCAGGGCUACGUCCUCGAGACGAACGUCAACGUGCUCCUGGCCGAAAUCGACGCCGCCAUGGACCGCGGCGACGUGGCGCUCUUCGGCCAACUCCUGCUCACCAGGGAGGACCUGGGCGUCCACGACAUCGUCGAGGACAACGUGCCCGCCUACUUUCAGGUCCUGGCCAAAAUCAAGGAGGACGCCGAGGCGAACAACAACCCUUUCGCGCUGUCCCGCAGCGACCUGCAGGUGGCCGUGCAGCUGGCCAACGAGAAGGUCGAGGAAGAGACGCUGCUCGAGGCGGCCAUCGAGGCGGUGAACAUGUCGCUAGACUGCGGUCGCCCCGAGGACACCCUGGAGGCCCUGCGGGACCCCGGGGCCCGGCUGCCUGGCGUGUACCCGCUGGCCGCGGCCCUCUACCACAACCAGUUCGCGUUCAUCCGCCGCGAGGCGGGCCACAACCUGAGCCACGAGGAGCUCAUCGGCGGCGUCCGCAUCCUGAACGCUAUCGCCGAGGUGAACUUCGCGCUCAAGGCGAGCGGCAGCUUCGACGCGGCCGCCUGCCUCGAGAACCCGCACGCGCACAUCGCCGACGUGCGGCCGCAGAGCCACGACCGGUACCUGGCGGCGCUCAAGGCAGCGCUGGGCGAGCGCGCCGACGGCUUCCUCACGCACACCGAGAUCCAGGACGUCGUGAACGAGGUGAACGCGGCGGAGGACAGCGAGGCCGACCUCGAGGACGCCCUGGAGCGCAUCAACGACGCCGUCGCAUUGGGCACGCCGCAGGCCACCAUGGAAGCGCUGCUGGCGCCAGCCGCGGGCAUUCAGCACCUGAGCCGCGACCACGUGCUUCUGUAUCAGGACCUUCUGGAGGUCAAGCAGAGGUCGCUGGACGAUGAGAGGCCGCUCGGCGUUGAAGACAUUCAGAGCGUCAUCGACACUGCCAACCAGGUGGCCGUGGAGGCCAGCAACAUGUGCAUCGGCCUGGCCACGCUCAACGUGGGCGUCUGCAACCAGAGCGUGGAGGACGUGCGAGGGGGCCUGGAGAGCCUGCGGGUGGUGCCGCUCUUCUGCGGCGACGACGCUGGCGCCAUCGAGGCGUACACGCUCGGGCUGCGCGCCGUGUUCCUCGACAAGCGGGCCCCGUUCGCGUUCGCGCCCAUCGAGUGGUUCGCCUACCUGGUGCGGCCGGGGCUCUUCUUCAACCUCAACGUGGUUCAGUUCCGGAGCGAGUGGUCGCCCACGCCCAAGGCCGACCACACGUCCUUCCUCUCGCUGGACGACGUGCGGGCCGUCGUCCUGAAAGUGAACGAGCGCCUGGAAGAGGCCCGCAUCGUGGCCCAGCUGUCCCCGAUGAUCACCCAGUUCCAGGCCCGCGCCCGCGGGUUCCUCAUUCGCAGCGCUGUGCGCGAACAGUACGCCUUCUAUUGCGAGCACCUGGACGAUAUCGUGCGUCUACAGUCGUGGUUUCGGGCAGUACGGCAGCGCCGGCGCUACCGGCGGAUGCUGUACGAACUAGAGGCUCUGGUGCCGUUCAUUGUGCGGCUGCAGUCCUACGCGAGGGGGUUCCUGGCCCGGAGGAAGGUCUUGGAGCUCUACGAGCACUACAAAGACCGGCAAGACGUGGUGACGUUCGUGCAGACUCGGUACCGGGGUCACCGGGCGCUGCGCGACUACCAGCUGCUGACCAGGGCGACGCCCACGGUGCCAGUGCUCCAGCGGUUCCUGCACAUGCUGGACAUCAGCGAGCACGACCUGUCCGAGGAGAUGGAGCUGCAGAAGGUCAAGGAGAAGGUGGUGGCCACCAUCCGGCACAACCAGGCCCUGGAGAAGGAGGUCUUCCAGAUGGACAUCCGCAUCGGCCUCCUGGUGCGCAACUGCAUCACCCUCGAGGACGUCAUGAGCCACGGCGCCAAGAAGAGGGACACCGCGCUCGCGGCCGUCAAGUCCGACUGGCUACACACCUCGGGCGGCGGCCUGACGGCACUCAGUCGUCGAAGCAGGCAGAGGCUGGAGGCGUACCAGCACGUCUUCUACUUGCUCCAGGUCGACCCCCACUACCUGGCCAAGCUGAUCUUCGUCAUACCGCUGGCCAUGGCCAACAACUUCGUCGAGUCGGUCAUCUACUCGGUCUACAACUACGGAUCGACGCCGCGCGACGAGUACCUGUUGCUGCGGCUCUUCCGGUUCGCCCUGCAGGAGGAAGUGCGCUCCAAGCUGGAGAAGCCCUCGGACAUACUGCGCGGGAACCCGCUGGUUGUGCGCAUGGUGGUCGGCUUCUUCCGCACCCGCGGGGGCCACAACUGCCUCGAGCUGCUGCUCUCGCCGCUGGUCAAGGGGGUGCUCGACGACAAGGAGCUCAAGAUCGACCUGAACCCCGUGGACAUCUACAAGAAGUGGGUGAACGACACCGAGACCACGUCGGGCAAGCCCAGCGGCCUCAAGUACGAGGUCACCGAGGAGGAGGCGCUGCAGCACAACGAGGUCUACAAGAUGCUGCACACCUCGGUCAUCCAGCUGGAGAACAAGGCCAAGAUGUUCGCGCGGACCAUAGCGGAGAGCAAGAACAAGAUUCCGUACGGCAUGCUCUAUCUCUGCAAGGUCCUCAAGAAGGCCCUGGAAGAGAAGUUCCCCGAAUCGGCGGGAGAGGAGAUCACCAAGGUCAUCGGGAACAUCCUGUACUACCGCUACCUCAACCCGGGCAUCGUGGCCCCGGAGUCGUUCGGCGUCGUCAAGCUGGAACCCGAGUGCCCCGUGACCAACGUGCAGAGGCGCAACCUGGGCAACAUCUCCAAGAUCCUCAGUUCGGCCACGUCAGGGGCGCCGUACCGCCAGAAGCACGCCUACCAGAUACGCCUCAACAACCUCAUCGAGUCCUGCAGGGAGAUCCUCCACAGGUUCUUCAUGGAUGCGUGCGAAGUGUCGGAGCCCGAGGAUCGGUUCAACGUGGACAGCUACUCGGAGGCCACGUACAUCACGCCGCCCACCAUCACGCUCACGGCCCUCGAGCUGCGAAGCACGCACAGGUUGCUGUUGGAGCACGAGGACGACAUCGCGCCGGAUCCCAAGGAUCCCCUGCACGUCCUCCUGGAGGACCUCGGUCCCGAGCCGACGCUCGAGGACCUGGUUGGUGGCGGAGGCACUUCGGCAGACACCAUGGAUGUGGGCGUACUGUCUUCGGCCAAGGUAUCUCUGUCCCUGUACGGAAAGUUCUCGGAAGAGGAGGAAGACGUCCCCGAGACCGACCAGCUGCUCAGGGACACCAAGUACAUGCUCGUCGAACUGCUCAAGGUUCUCCGGCACGCGCGCACCGUGGACGAGAUCCUGCACGAGGAGGCCGGGCCCGAGCUCGAGCGCGCCUUCCUCGAGGCACAGCAGGCGACUGUGCGGCUUCCCAAGACGUCCACCGCGAGCCUCUUGGGGCGCCGCAAGUACGGCUCCCUGUCCGCCUUCCGCAAGGCGCUGCUGCGCAACUUGGACAUGCUGGAAGGGCGCGGCAUCGCCAGGGCCGAUGACGACUAUCAGGCCCUGAUGAGCAGCAUCGCGACGGACAUCCUCCAGAAGCGCAACCACCGCGUCAACCGCAAGAGGGAGCUGGCCAACCUGGUGGACACACAGCGCAAGUUGGACGUCAAGACGCACUACUACGAGGAGACGCUGGACUACUACCAGAGGUACGUGAACGCCUGCCUGGCCAACCUGUCGGCGGGCAAGUCCAGACGGCAGUCCAUCGGUCCUGGCGUCGCCGGACGGUCGGCCGGAGACAUUCAGCACCUCAAGCCACUCAAGUCCCGGAGCGCCCUCAAGUAUUCGGGCUGGAAGCUGCACGAGAAAGGCAUUUUGCUCGAGGUCUCGGGGCUCGAGACGAACCAGCUGAAGAGCGUCAGCUUCGAGAUCGCGCCCACCGACCGAGCCGGCGUGUUCAGCGUGCGCACCAAGUUCCUCGGCGUGAGCACCGACGAGUUCACCCUCGACAUCCAGGACCUGCUGCGUCAGCAGUACGAGGGCGUCGCCGUCACCAACCUCUGCGAGCGGGCGCGCGUCAACAACAACCUGCUGCUCUUCUUCCUCAACAAGAAAUUCUACGGCAAGUAACAACGGCUGGAGCGACCUGCUCCUUGCGCGACGGCGAGGGAUGUGGUUGACUCGCCCGUGGACGUGUUCUAGGGAUUUGGUUGACUCGCCCGUGGACGUGUUCUAGGGAUUUUAUUGACUCGCUCGUGGACGUGUUCUCAAGUCUUCGCCCUUACGGAACAGCCCGUGUGAGCCUGUGUGUGUGAGCGUUGCCCAUGUGUGUGAGUGACCACGUACGUGUGUAGGUUUGAAGCGUUUGUGGGAGGCUUCAGUGAAUGUGGACGCGUGUGGAAAAAAAAAAAAAGCACCUGCGGUCGUGGCAACCUCGCGCAGACGCCAUUUGCAGGACCGUUUGCUGGUGACCCUUGGGAACUUUUAAGGAUCACAGCUGCGGCGAUACGUCAAGGACUGCGAACUGCACCAGGCGCAAUGAACACCCGAGAAACCGUCCUGGCAUUAUGCAGCUUAGCAUCGCGCAGACGAAGCUUGAUUCAAUUUGGGAAGAAUUAGCGUAGGCUGUGACCACCGAAGCAGAAACCCCAGAAACAGUCCCCCCCUCUUUUUUUUUUUUUUCAUAAUGUGAUGUGCUAGAGCUAAGCCUUUGCUAAUGUGCUCUCGGAUGGUAGCUGCACGAGGACUAGUCAAAUUGACCUUUUUUUUUUUCUGUGGCUCUUUGGCAGAGGUCGGAGUGUAGCUCCUGAGUUGUAAAAAAAAAAAAAGAAAUAUAAGGAUAGCGGCUAUCGUGAGCACAGGCUUAACGCAGUAGUAAGAUCGAAGUGUUCUUAUUUUUCUUUUUUUUUUUUCGAGCACUUACAUGAAUGGAGGUUGAUCAUCUUGCUGAAAGGACUGGUCUGUUAUGUUUGACCGAACAUCAUUGAGCAGUCUGCACCGUUCGUUUAUUUUUCAACCCCUGCACGUUUCUCGGUGGUCGCAAGGAUCAUCGAAGUUUCCUUCUUUGUUACUUUACGAGAGUUCAAUUCAACGGCUAUAGACUGCUCACAUCGGCUGCGGGGUUUUGCGUGAAGAAACUUUGUUUUGUUUGACUUGUUCGCUAUGUGUUCAUUGGAAUGAAGUAAAAGACCGAGUGGUAAAAUCAUUUGCAUCGAACUAUUCGUUGGCUCGCUGUAAUUACUUUCUUCUGUUCCUUUCGUGUCUUGUGUUUGUAACAGAUACGAGGUCAGUGACUUGAACGAAUUCUCGACACGUUUUGCUGAAACCUAGCGAUGCGCGUGCUUUCCGUGUGUCACGUGCACAAUUCAUCGUCGGUGUUGGAAAAUUGAGCGUUCACGCUAAAUCCCCAAGCGUUGUCCUGUACCAUAAGAGAAAUCCACAGCCUUGGCAUAAGCAGCCUUUACCAAACUGUUACGUUCUAUGGGGAAAUGUGCAAGUUGCCAAAGCAGCGAUGAUGACUGAGGCACGACUUUCAGCUUCUGUGGAAGUGCCGUGUUCCUCAUUAGUGAAACGCGCAAUUAAUUGCCAAGUAUCGAGGACUAAGACAGAGUUUAACUGCGACAACUCGCAACUGUCAAGUUCGUUCACUUUCCGGUGAAGCCACGUUCUGUGCCCUAUAGGGGCCUGCUGCCUCGAAGCGGCUCACGAGUUCUCACUGCCCGUUUGAAACAAUUGUACUUCCUCGUCUAUUUUCCCGUCUGUGAACGAGCGUGCAUUUUUUUAACCUGCAGGCACACUGUAGUAUAUUGUGCUUACGUGGCGAUUGCACGGAACUAGCUGUGAACGUCGGUCGUCGCAGUCGUAGCGUUACAACUGCCAAAUACGACAUCGAAAUGCCGGAGGGGGUGCACGUCCCUCGCGUUCCCCACCUGCCGGCCCGAUCCCGUGCGAACAGUUAUUGUGUGCAUUCGUUUAGUGAAUUUUAUAGCCCGUGUUUUAACUUUUUGCGUUCGACGGGUGCGACCGUGCGCAAUGAGACGUUCUGGUGCGGUGUAUUCGGCAUCAAAUAAAAUGUUUCGUGCUCUUGG